AAAAGUUUAAAGUGGCACCUUAAUUUCAAAAUAAAUAUGUUAUCUCUUUAUCUGAAUUUUUUGAAUAAUUUUGAUAAUAAAACAAUACCUUGAAACCGCUUAUUCAAAACAAGGUUAGGUUAAAGUGUAAAUAUGAAAACAAUAGUUUUUUACUAAAUUUUGGUAAUACUUCAAUAUGUGGUCGUUUUUCUCUCGGGAUCCAUCUAAAGACUUUAAUUACGAAAUCGUAGAGUUGGUAAGCGGUUUGGAAACAAAAAGCGUAUGGAGCCAACAUAAGGGCAAAAAGCGAGGCACUAACGAGGAAGUAUCAGUGUUUGUGUAUGACAUAAAAACUGGAUCUGAUGCACAGUUGGAAUUAGCAAAAUCUGCAAUUAAGCGGUUAAAAACUCUUCGUCAUCCAAGUGUUUUAACCUUUUUAGAUAGCCUAGAGACAGACAAAAAUUUAUAUCUAGCUACAGAAUAUGUUGAGCCAUUAGCUCCACAUUUAGAGAAACUUACGCUAGAGACCCCACAAAAGGAACUGUACAUAGCCUGGGGUAUAUUUCAGAUAACGAGAGCUUUGUCUUUUUUAAACAACGAUGGAAAUCUUAGGCACCAUAAUGUUAAUAUUUGGUCAGUAUUUGUCAAUACCUCGGGGGAAUGGAAAUUAGGUGGAGUUGAGUAUGUUAGCAAUGUUCAGGAUAAUCAUGUUACAGUUUGUAAAGUUACCCAUUCUCUUGAGGUGUAUGAUCCCCCUGAGAAACAUGAUCCUACAAAGCAACGUCUCAUUACUAAAUGUUCCUCUGACAUGUGGGGUCUUGGGUGCUUGAUAUGGGAGAUAUUUAAUGGCCCCCUUUAUCAAAAGAAAAACUUGGAAAAUCUGGAAAAAGUACCAAAGCAGUUAAUCACCCUUUAUUCUGAGUUAGUGAGUCCAAAUCCAUCUGCAAGACCUAAUCCAGCGGAUAUUAUUACUAGAUGUCGGAAAUUAGGAGGCUAUUUCAAAAAUGACUUAGUUGAUACUCUGUUGUUCCUGGAAGAGAUACAAAUCAAAGAUAAAAAUGAGAAGAACAGAUUUUUCUCCAAUCUGACCCCACAUUUAGAUAAUUUUCCAGACAGUGUCUGCAAGCACAAGAUACUACCCCAGCUGAUAACUGCAUUUGAAUAUGGAGAUGCUGGAUCUGCUGUAUUAGCACCUAUGUUUAAAUUGGGCAAGUUACUAGAGGAAACUGAAUACCAGAGGAAAAUUGUUCCAUGUGUAGUAAAAUUGUUUGGCAGCAAUGACAGAGCCACACGCUCUCGCCUCCUGCAACAAUUGGAACAUUUUAUAGGUCACUUGCAGGCGAGCACAGUCAACGAUCAGAUUUUCCCCCAAAUUGCUCAUGGAUUUAUGGAUACCAAUCCAACCAUUCGUGAACAGACUGUCAAAUCUGUGAUACAUCUAGCUCCUAAGUUAAGUUACAACCAUUUAAAUGUAGAAGUGCUAAGGCAUUUUGCCCGUCUUCAGGCAAAGGAUGACCAAGGUGGAAUAAGAACCAACACAACAGUGUGUUUGGGCAAGAUCGCACAGCACUUACACCCACAGAUAAGGCAAAAAGUUUUGAUAUCGGCAUUUACUCGUGCCAUGAGGGACCCAUUUCCGCCUGCUAGAAACGCGAGUGUGUUGGCAUUGGCAGCUACGCAGCAGUAUUACUUGCUCGUUGAAGUAUCCCAAAGGAUACUGCCGGCCUUGUGUCAGCUAACCCUAGAUCCGGAAAAGUCUGUACGGGACUCAGUUUUUCGUACAAUCAAAGGGUUUUUGGGGAAAUUGGAAAAGGUGUCGGAGGAUCCGAGCCUGAAAGAAAGCAUGGAAGCAGACGUCAAUACAGCAACGCCCAGCCUAGGUAACGCUGCGGCCACGUGGGCCGGUUGGGCGGUGACGGCGGUUACAGCUAAAUUUUACCGGAGUCAGUCUGAAACUGUUAAGUCUGUUAAUACCAUCGCCAGUAGGAUGCUGAAUAAACCAGCUUCGUUAGAACAACCAUCUAGUAGCAGUAUAUCGACGACCACAUCCAGUGUAACUUCUAUGACGUCAUUGGAACAUGAAGAGGGAAGUAGGGGUAAUGAAUCGGUAUCUGAUUAUGAUUACGAUCAUUGGGGAGACAACGAAAAUUGGGGCGACAUGGAGACUGAGGGGCAAAUGGCGAGCAGCAGUGGUAGCCCGGGCAUAACAGGAACUCACAGCGAUCCAACUAGUCCUCCUUCCGGAUCGGGGGCGAAGGUAACAGAUGGCUGGGACAACGAAGAAUGGGGUAGCCUAGAAGAAGAGCCAGAAGCGGAAGCCGAAAUGACUUCCCCUUCAGAUGCGUGGAGUCCUAUCGAACAAAAUAAAGCAAACAAUGUGCAGAAACCGGAGAUUUACUCGAACUGGGAAGAAACCGAGUUUGAACCGCUGCAAGACCAGACAAACGUGUCCAGCCAGAGGUUGGAGGAAGCUAAAAAAAGACGUGAAGAAAAGAAACUGAUUAAACAGAAGGAGUUAGAGGCUCGAAGAGCGAACAGGGCCACCGCGGGGCCGAUGAAAUUAGGUGCUAAAAAACUGUAGGUGCUAAUUUUGACGUCAUAAUAUUCUCGGGACAUCGUCUUCAAAAGUUCAUGUAAAAAGUGGUUUUAUUCAUAGUAACCUUCUUAAAUGUGUUAAAUUGGCAAUUGUAGGCCAUAACCCAAGAGUUUGUAUCGUAACUAUGGAAGGAGAUAAAUAAUAUAUUGAUAAAGCUGUUUAAAAAUUUUUGAUCCUUUUUUUGUAGUACGUCAAGAUGAUGAAAGGGUUUUCUAAACAAUUUUAGCUUUUUUUGUGACAAAACUUCUCAAACAAAUUCCUAUAUUUAUGGAAUAAGUGAACAAAGAAUGAAUACAGAUAGAAUUCGUUUUUUUUUUACCGUAAAAUAAUCUAUUCCGCAAAUUAAAUAGCGCAGAAAUUGGCAAGUUUCAAUUGCAAUUAAAAAAAUAAAACAAAUUUUAAAUUACUGAAAAUGGUUUAAGUAAAUUAAAACUGAAAUAGCUACUUUUUAUGAAAAUUUCAAAACUUUUAUAACAACAUUGUAAUUUAUCGCCUGUGUGAAGUGAAAUUGUACACAUGGGAUCCUUGGGCUAUGGUAAAACUCUACUAUGACAUAUAUAAAUCUGUACAUGAAUUUAAAAAAUAAAAACGUACAAGUCUGGAUUAGGAAAGAGAAAAAUGGUGCAUUCAGAAAGAGGUUUUGAUGUUAUAUUAUCUUAUAAGUAUGUUAAAAUUUUAUUGCUCAUAAAAUGUGUAGCUUAAUUAGUUAUUAACAAAUGUGUUAUAUUAAAAAAAUAUUUGAUUCUGUUUGUUAACUUUAUAUAACCGCUAUUUAAGGCAAAUUAAUUUUAAACAUCUAUGUUGCUAGUAUAAUAUCAAACCCUCGAUAUUAAUUUGUAUUAUCAAAUAAACCAAGAGAAAAAUGUAGCCUAAUGUUUUUUAAACUUUGUAAUAUAUUAGAUUCUAUGAUAUUUAAACUCUUUUACUUGCUACAUAAUAAAUUUAAUUAUCAAUA